GAUUGGUGAAGGGCGGAUCAUUGUCGGGCAGUUCCGCCAGAGCAGCGCUCACUUAGAGAAGGCAGCAGCGGCUGGAGCGCAGUGAGUCAGAAUAGACAGGCUCCUGCUUUCAUUUACUGAGUUCCUGUCUCCGGGCCUGCUCUAAAAUCUCCUCAGCUAUCGCCUUUUAAAUGAGAGCACGGUUUUAUCUGGAUCCCGUGGAGGUGAAAAUUCAGUUUAGGAAACUGUUGAUUGAGAAUCGCUGCUAUCCUGGCUGCUGGUUAAUUUCCCCACAAACACGAAAGGUGACCAGACUCAACUUUCAGGAGUGUCCCAAGGACAAGCCACACUUUCUCUGGUUUGGGAAGAUUGCCACUCGUUAGUAUGAUGUCAUACCUCAAGCAGACUCCGUACGGGAUGAACGGGCUCGGUCUGAGUGGCCCCGGCAUGGAGUUGCUCCAUCACUCAGUGGGAUAUCCUGCGACCCCGCGGAAACAGCGGCGGGAGCGUACCACCUUCACCCGCUCCCAGCUCGAUGUGUUGGAGGCUCUGUUUGCGAAAACUCGUUACCCUGACAUCUUCAUGAGGGAAGAAGUGGCGUUAAAAAUUAACCUUCCCGAAUCCCGAGUACAGGUUUGGUUUAAGAACCGCCGAGCCAAGUGCCGCCAACAGCAGCAGAAUGGGAGCAGCAAGGCGCGGCCUCCCAAGAAGAAAUGUUCCCCAGGCCGGGAGAGCAGCGGCUCGGACAGCAGCGGGCAAUUCACGCCCCCGGCCGCCUCCAGCUCCUCGGCCAGUGGUCCCGGCACCAACUCCAACCCGGCCUCUGUGCUCAGCACACCGGCGGCGGCAGCGUCCAUCUGGAGCCCGGCGUCCAUCUCCCCGGGAGCAGCGGCCGCUCCGGAGCCCCUCAGCGCCGCCGGUGCCUCGUGUAUGCAGCGCUGUCCGUCCGGCUCCAGCGGCGCCUACCCUCUGCCUUACGGCCAGAGCAGCGGCUACAGCCAGGCCUACCCCACCUCGUCUUCCUACUUCAGCGGCGUGGACUGCAGCUCUUACCUAGCACCCAUGCACUCUCACCACCCGCACCACCCUCACCACCAACUCUCUGCCCAUGGCACCACUGGCCUCAGCCCAAUGAGCAGCUCCCCAAUGCCAGGGCACCACCUCAGUCAAAGCCCAGCUCACCAUCCUCACCAGGGCUACAGCGGGCCAGGACUGGCGUUCAACUCCGCUGACUGUCUGGAUUAUAAAGAGCAGGCCACGUCUUGGAAACUCAACUUCAACACCACUGACUGUUUGGAUUAUAAAGAGCAGGCUCCCUCCUGGAAGUUCCAAGUUUUGUGAAACUCUGUUUAACGCUCCAGUCUGGAGCCUUUUAAUCACUCUCCAACCCAAUUUUCCGAACUUGUUGCUCCUCUGUUCUGAUUUGACGGGGAGAGCAGACUGGGACUAACGUUGUUAACUGUUUGCUGGGUUCAUUUCCAUUUCUCCGUCUUUUCUCGGUGUUGGCAGUCAAAGCUGGUGUCUGUUUUAAUUGGAUCAUGCUGAGUGUAGGUGUUUGAGACCGAACCAAUCUCAUUGUCAUGCCCUAGGAUGCAACAUUAUUGUACAACACAAACCUGCUCAAACCUUUCAAUAAAGUGUAUUGAAUGAAAUGUACGGGAGCUCUCUGUCCGGUGGAAAUAUCGGUUCUCGGCUGGAAAUAGGCAAUUUUUGACCUAUACAUUUUUUUUAAAUGAAUUGAAUUCGUUUAAUUUUUCCUCCUUUCGGAGAAAAACAAACGAAUUCAACCCUGGUUCAUGUCCCUUUUUUAAUUAAAACUGAGUGCCAGUGAAGUACGGUAUGGAGAUGUUUGUCUCGAUGUUGGUCUCUGGUUGUUGUAGUUGGGAGGGAUGGGUGGGGAGGGCACAUUUUGUGUAAGUGAUGGUGCCGCUGGGUUUUUUUUUCGUCAGUAAAUGGAGCUUAUUUUGUGAAUUAAACAUUUCUUCAGUGCAGUGUCUGACAGUCUCCAUGGCCCGGCCAUUCUGUAGGAGAUAGAGGAUAGAGCCCACGUUGGGUACAUGAGGUUAAUCCCCAAAUCUAUCGCAUUUACAUGGACUUUUCAAAUUGCCUUGAUAAAGUUUUGGAAAAAAGCUGCAAAGUAGCUUCUCCUUUCUGCGA